AUGGCCUCCUCUGAUCAAAAUGCAGCAUUGACGGUCUUAGUGAGCUGCCCAGUUUGCUUUACAGUAGCAAAACCACCUGUGUCACAAUGUACCAAUGGGCACAUAGUCUGUUUGCAAUGUCGCCCGAGAGUCUCCAACUGCCCUACCUGCCAAAAGACUCUGGGACAUAUUCGCAGUCUGAUAACUGAACAGCUUUCUUCCUCGUUACGACUGCCCUGCCGUAACGAAGCUUUCAAAUGCACCGAAAUGUUAUACGAAGUAGAUCGAGAGGAUCAUGAAACCAUCUGCUUCUUCAACCCAUUAACUUGUCCUUUUUCAUAUCUCGAUUGCAGAUGGGAGGGAGCUCGGCCUAAUUUGCUGUCGCAUAUCCGCCAAACUCACCCUCAAGUGCCCCAUCUUGAUCAAAAUGCAGUAAACUUUUUUGGAAUUCAUGCUGAGAAUGACUUUCCCAAAAGCUGGGCAGUCAUUCUAAAAUGUUACUCUCAGUAUUUCUUGAUAAUGGUAACCAACAUGGCGGAAUCUCCCACGUUUCUUACUAAUGUCUACCUUUUAUCUGAUGAACCUCCCCGUCCAUCUUCUCUCUCUUAUUUCGUUGCAUUCAAAAGAGGCUCCAACAUGUUACAUUGGAAAUCAUCCCAAAUCCCCUUAUGGGGAUCGACCGAUCCUCACAGCUCUAGCAUUCCUUUAGGUUUAUCAACUGAAUUUAUUUACUCCUUUUGCGCCCAUAAUAAUUUUAAAUUUUUCGUCAAAAUAAUGAACUGUUGA